AUGCCAGAAGACGAAAAAGAGAAAGAAAAAGAGGCAAUGAACAAUCUAAUUCCACCAAUAAAGGCUGAAAUCAACGUGAAAGAGGUAGAAGAGAUCAUCAAGGUCUCAACAGAGGUGGAAUAUAAGGAGGCUGAAGAUACAAUUGAAGAGAGCAUAAAGCAGGAGAUUGAGGAAGCAGUGGACAUAUUUGAGAAGGAAAUAAAUGAGGAGGAUUUGAAAAAUUCAAUGAAGAAAUUACAGCUAAAGAACAAAUCACCAAAAACAGAACAUAAGGGAACACCAGAAAGAGUGAAGAGUGAUUAUGUUGAUUACAGCAAGAAUCCGAUACGAAAGACCACUGAAUACUACAUCCAACUACUACAUAGAUUCAGGUUUCCAUCAGAUCAAAUACUGAUUUGCCACUCCCUAAAAAUGUGUAAAAUAGCCGAUUACAUACCACACCUAAUUAAUAUAAUGCUAAGAACCAAAAGUGAUGCAAUCUACAACUUGUUGCUUUACAAAUGUAGAUCAUUGCAGCUUAGAACAACAACAUUCUUCUACCUGAAGACAAUUUUGGCUGAAGAAGAGGACGUGGAGAAGGCAGCACUUAGCUACUAUCUCUGUUGUGAUUUAUAUGAACUAGAAAUAUAUCAGAACAGGAAGAAUAUGCCAAAAACAGCAGGAAAAACAAGAAGGCCAAAUCACAUCAAAUUCAGAACCAGGGCAUUCACAACACCACAGAACAAGAACGCCAAUUUCAAUGGGAUAGUUCUAAGCUUUCUUAGAUCAGUUGCAUUCUACGAUAAAGUUGCAUUUGAUCACUGCACAAACAUUGUAAACAUCUUCAGCAAAAAGCGAAACCUGAGAAAUAUCAGUACCAAAAGCAGCCUAUUGUUCAAAAACAACCUAAAAUACUACUAUGACAUUGUAAAAAUAAGUGAUCUACUCGCAGAAGUGCCAAAAACAAUGAAACAGCGCCUUCUGAUAGUGAACCUGGAAUUAUUCAACAAUUUGCACAGUAACAAUUACAUCACCCUAUUUAACUGUGGUAGAAUCAGAAAGAUUCAUGUAGCAAGUGCCCUAUCAUUGGAUAGUAAGGCAAAUGGGCCAUUUAUGGUGAAUUGCAUUUUAGAGCACAGAAGCACCCUGAAAUCAAAAAGAAAUGAAUUUGAUUUGAGUUCGGAUAAAAUGAACAAAUUACGGACACUUGCGUACCAAUUUCAGACUGUGAAAGAACUGGAUGAAAUCAGUGAUCUAAAUGGAAUACGAAACAAUAUUCUGGUAGCAAUGGAGCAGGUUGUGCUUGAGAAAAUAGUGAGGGAGGAAAUGGAAUUGGAGAAAAAGAAGCAAAAGAAGGAGAAACAAAAAGAAGAGUCAAAUCCACCACUUGUUGAAUCUGAGAAAGAAUCAAAACAGCCAUUGCAAGAGAGAAUCAGGGGUUAUUUCAGAAUGGAUGUUUAUGAAAAGCAGCCUAAUGAACCAAGUCCCAUUCUGUCACGGAAUACACUUUCAUUCAUAGUCAAAAAUGGGACUGAUAUGAGAGAGGAGUAUCUGGCAUUCCGAAUCAUCACACAAAUCAAACACAUUUUUGUAGCACAUGGUGUUCCCAUCUAUCUCAGGAACUAUAAGAUAGUGAUCAUUACUGAGGAAACUGGGCUUGUUGAAACAGUCGUGAAAACACAGUCUAUGCAUAAGAUAAAGGAGAAAGAGAGUCUCCUGGAAUAUUUUAAGAAGACUUUCAAUAGUAGACACAGGUGCACUAUGGAAUCAGCGAAAAGAAACUUCCUAUUUUCCCUGGUUGGAUACAGCCUCAUUCAAUACCUGCUGAGUCUCAAGGACAGACACAAUGCCAACAUUCUCAUUGAUGAAUAUGGUCAUAUGAUCCAUAUUGAUUUUGGAUUUAUUCUUGGCAAAUAUCCUGGAAUAUACGGUGUAGAAACAGCCCCAUUCAAGUUUAGUAACGAAUAUCUUGAUUUGGUUGACUUGGAUGAGUUCAAGAUUCUCUUCAAAGAGGGGUUCAAAUGCCUGGUUCACAAUAAGAGCAUUCUACCAUACGAAAUAAAGGAAAAGGUGGAUACAGGCGGGACUGAACCAGAUCUAUUCUGUGAGAACCUGAUUAACAAAUCAGUUGGAAACAUUCUGACUGUUCUAUACGAUACAUUACAGUAUUAUGAGAAUGGAUAUCAUAAAUAA